UUCCACCGUCACUUCCGACGCGACGGCCGCGCCGCGGUGACGUCUCCGGAACGCCAUGGGGGCUCGGCGCGCGCUGCACUUCGUCUUCAAAGUGGGCGACCGGGCCCGGAGCGCGCGCUUCUACCGCGAGCUGCUGGGCAUGAGCGUUCUGAGGCACGAGGAGUUCGAGGAGGGCUGCAAAGCCAGCUGCAACGGCCCUUAUGAUGGAAAAUGGAGCAAAACUAUGGUGGGCUACGGACCAGAAGACAACCACUUUGUUGCAGAAUUAACUUACAAUUACGGUAUUGGAGAAUAUCGCCUGGGCAAUGACUUUCUGGGCAUAACGCUUGUGUCCAGCCAGGCUGUGAGCAACGCUAAGAAGAUGGGGUGGCCCCUCAAAGAAGUCACGACUGGUGUUUUUGAAGCUGAAGCCCCAGGGGGAUACAGGUUCUACUUGGAAGACAAGGAACAGCUCAAGCAAGAUCCUGUGCUGAAGGUAACCUUGGGUGUCUCUGAUCUGCAGAAGUCUGUUAACUACUGGUCUGAUUUACUUGGGAUGAAAAUAUAUGAGAAGGAUGAGGAAAAACAAAGGGCUUUGCUAGGCUAUGCAGAUAACCAGUGCAAGUUGGAGUUGAAGACGGUUGGAGGAGCGGUGGAUCACGGGACAGCGUUUGGGCGGAUUGCCUUCUCCUGUGCAAAGGAUGAGUUGCCAAACAUUGAAGCGCUGAUGAAAAAGGAGAAUCAGAAAAUUUUAACACCUCUGGUGAGCUUGGACACACCCGGCAAAGCCACAGUGCAAGUGAUUAUUUUGGCUGAUCCUGAUGGCCAUGAAAUCUGUUUUGUGGGAGAUGAAGCAUUUAGAGAUCUGUCCAAGGUGGACCCUAAUGGUGGCAAGUUGUUAGACGAUGCCAUGGCGGCGGACAACAGUGACAAAUGGUUUGCUGCGCAAAAAAUGAAGAAGGCUGCUGCUUAGCUGGAGAAAAGGACUGGGCUGCUUCUUCGUGCCUCUGUUUUCAUCUGAGCGAAAUGCCGAUUCUGUGUCACGUGUUGCAUUACCCCUUCUAGUAAGAGGGUGCAGUAAUGUCCCAUGCUGGUCGACUUGUUUGAUUUAAGCUUGUGUCUGUUACUGCUGCUCCCUCCUUUCAAGCAAAUAGCAUGUUCUUCCUCAAAAAAAAUUAGGUUGUGUGGUAAGGAGCAGACUGAGCCUGUGGCUUCAGAAACAGGGGCCAUCAGCCAAGAGGAAAAACUCAUUUCUCUGUUAUUGUUGUUAUACUUGGAAGCUGCUAGAUUUGUUAGAAUAUCCAGUUCUCUAACUAACUGGCUUUGGCUGGCCUGGAUUUGCAGCUUAGAGAAGAGGUAGCUGAGGCUGUAUCGCAUCGCAGGUACCCCGCUUCUGUGGCAAAGUGUUGGGCUGAGGGGGAGGGCUGCGUACGGGGAACUCGGGCAGUUCAGCUGUCGUAGUGCAUGACUGUAUAUUGGGAACAGAGGAAUUGUCUCGCUAGAGCAUGUGAGUAUUCUCGUCUGGAACAAAUCCUGUUUUCAUUCCAAGAUGUUUCCCCAGCUUUUGAAGUGAAACGUUCACUGGAGAAGCCCGUGGUGCGUUUCUCACUGGGGUCACAGUAUUGAGCCUCCCACAUUCCAGGCGGGAGCUGGGGCCGUGCUUCGGGGUGCAUAGCAGCGCUGCGCCCUGCUGAGGUGCCGGGAGGCGACUUGAUUUCAAGUAUAUCAUGGAUUUGCAAUUAGCUUUUGAUGAGAAAUCGCCUUUGGAAGUAACAGUUUGGGGUUUAUUCUGUUGGAAUGAAGUCACUCUGCUUUUGCUAGUGGAAUAAGGGCUGGGAAUAAAGGGAGCAAUUACCAGCA